AUGGAUUUAGACUCCGAUGUACAGAUGGAAGAUGCAAUUGACCAGCAACACACACAGCAAUCCCCACAGUCUCCGCAGCUGAUAAACAGCGCAUCGAACCUGAACGACAUCCCGGUCUCCACGGUCGACCCAAAGACACAGAUCAACACGUUGGAGGGCUGGAUGGAGCAAUUGAGCAAGUGCCAGCCGCUCAGCGAAGACAGCGUCAAAGAGCUGUGCAACAUGGCCAUUGAGGUUGUGAAAAACGAACAGAACGUGCAACCGGUCCACGUCCCUGUCACCAUCUGUGGUGACAUCCACGGGCAGUUCCACGACUUGAUGGAGCUCUUCAAGAUUGGGGGCCCGUGUCCUGACACAAACUACCUUUUCAUGGGAGAUUACGUCGACAGAGGCUACUACUCUGUCGAAACCGUCAGUUACUUGGUGGCAAUGAAGAUCAGAUAUCCGAAGAGAAUCACCAUCUUGAGAGGAAAUCACGAGUCGAGACAGAUCACCCAGGUCUACGGCUUUUACGACGAGUGUUUCAGGAAAUACGGCUCCUCGAACGUUUGGAAGAUUUUCACUGACCUCUUUGACUACUUCCCCAUCACUGCGUUGGUUGAGAACUCCAUCUUCUGCCUUCAUGGUGGCUUGUCUCCAAUGAUCGAGACCAUCGACCAAGUCCGGGAAUUGAACAGAUUCCAGGAGGUGCCGCAUGAGGGCCCAAUGUGUGACCUACUAUGGUCCGACCCCGAUGACAGAGGGGGAUGGGGGAUUUCUCCAAGAGGUGCAGGUUUCACCUUUGGCCAAGACAUUAGUGAACAGUUCAAUCACACCAACAAUUUGUCCUUGACCGCCAGAGCACAUCAAUUGGUCAUGGAAGGUUACAGCUGGUCGCAUCAGGAUUUGGUGGUCACAAUCUUUUCGGCACCCAACUACUGUUAUAGAUGUGGUAAUCAGGCUGCCAUCAUGGAAGUUGACGAGAAUCACAAUAGGGAUUUCUUACAAUACGACCCUUCAGUCAGACCAGGUGAACCUACUGUCAGUAGAAAAACCCCUGAUUACUUUUUAUGA